UGACAAGGGCAGAACACGCCAGUUAGGCCUACUCCACUGACCAUCUUCCUUUUGCGGCCUUCCUUUUGUACCUGACUACUUCACGUGGCAGAGACGACUUCGUUUUCUCAAUCCGCCAUGGUAUGACGAGACAAUGUCCAACAUAGAGUCUAUGCAUCAUCUGAAACAGUUUUUACACGAGUCAGGCUGAUUAAUGCAUACCGCCCAGCUUCUCCACUACAUGAGUCAUGAUCCUGAGCGCUCCGGCUUGAGCGCACUGCUGAUUUCUCCUUUUAGAACAAAACCUCUCAAAUGGCUUAGUUGCUUAUGUAUGUUUAAAACAAAAUCCACGAAACACAGCCCAUUCCUACAGCUUGUGUUGAUACUACCAUGAACGAGAGCCUUGUCUCCAAGUACGAAGAUAUCGUCACCUCCAGAGGAUUGACAUACCACUAUCUGUCCAUACCAGCUGUGGACGACAAGCCCACUCUACUCUUUAUCCAUGGCUUUCCCUCGAUCUCAUACGAUUGGUAUCAUCAGAUCAACUACUUUUCUGAGAGGGGAUUCGGAGUAGUAGCGCCUGACAUGCUCGGAUACGGCGGCACGUCUAAACCUACCGAUGUGUCCUUCUUUCUGCACACCGCGAUCGUGCAAGACUUGCUUGACAUUCUUGAUGCUGAGAAAGUCCAAAAGGCCAUAGCCGUUGGGCAUGACUGGGGCGCACCCAUAAUCUCCCUCCUGUCAAUGAAACACUCUGACCGUUUCUUGGGUUUCGCGUGGGUUGCCGUCACAUACCAAACAUAUGGUCCCUUCCCUCCCAUUGAUGUUAUCUUGGAGAUGAAUAUUAAAGAAUUCGGCCGGCCACUGUUGGGGUACUGGAAGUUUUUCGAACAAGAAAGCGCUCCCCAAAUCAUCGAGAAGAAUCUGGAAUCAUUGAUUUCCGUGCUUUAUCCGGAUGACCCAGAUAGUUGGCUGACUCUGAUGAAUCAACCCGGGGAGAUACAGGCCUUCGUCGAAAAUGGAAAGACGACAAAGAGAGCCAGUUAUCUCAUAGACGAGCACCACUCACGCUUGUUGGAGUCACUGAGGAAAGGUGGGUUAACGAGUGCCCUGAACUGGUACCGGUGCAUGCUCGGUGGUGUUAAUUCUCGUAUCAUGGAAGGUGCGACACGAUAUAUACCAGAAGAAAAUCAGUUUAUCAAGAAACCCGCGUUCUUCGCGGUCGCAAAGAAAGAUCACGUAUGUGUGUAUGAUUACAGCGUACCACUUAUGAAGAAAUACGCGACGGGAGGUCUCAAGAUGGUAGAGUUCCAAGGAGGACACUGGGUUCACUUGGAGGAACCGGAAACGUUCAACAGAGAACUCGAGGGUUGGAUUCGCGAUACGUUGCAACAAAGUUGAGGAACGUAGGCGGGCUGGUCACGAAGACUCAUGAAGAUCAACUGUAUAUCACAAAUUCACAAUCUACUCAAUCCCAGCUCUCACCCAAGACGUUGUGAAUUAAAGGGUGUUGCGCAUGAGCGCGGGGGCGAUGUGGACGAAGACAACGCCAGAAUUGAACUAGCCACACAUUUGAGUUCGUCAAAAUGCGCGCGUUUGUUGAGGAACGAAUUGAACCUUAAUGACGCUGUUGCGGAAUCUGUGAAAUCAAGAGAGGCGAUUGUUUUGGUGGUUGGCGUAACUUGCGCAUGGUCAACUGACAGGUGAGAUGGUGUACUCUAAUGAUGCAACAAACAACAGUAAGUUUGAUGCAGAUGUAUAACACAAGAACUAAGCCAGAUGGGCUGCAAUGUCAGUGUAUCCAAGCUAAUACCU